CUUAGCUCCUCUCCACAGAGCACACAGGUCCACUUCUCACCAGGACACACAUUUGGACAGAGCAGCCUCCUCAGGCCUCGGCAAUGCCCAUCCCUGAAUGCUGGUCCCACCCUCCUGCUCCUCGCCUGCUGCUGACCCUACUGCUGGGACUCGCCGGAGCGGCAGGUGAGGAGGGGCUGCAGGUGCUUCAGCCUGAGAGGUCCGUGUCUGUCGCAGCUGGAGAGACGGCCACUCUGCCCUGCACUUCGACCUCCCUGAUCCCCAUUGGGCCCUUCAAGUGGUUCAAGGGGACAGGACCAGCCCGGGAGUUAAUCUACGAUUACAAAGGAGAUCCUCGGGGCCACUCCCCCCGAGUAACAAAUGCUUCAGAUUCCACAAGGAGAGACAACAAGGACUUUUCCAUCCGCAUCCGGAACAUCACCCCAGCAGACGCCGGGACCUACUACUGUGUGAAGUUCCGGAGAGAGAGCCCUGCGGACGUGGAGUUUAGGUCUGGGCCAGGCACUCAGCUCACUGUGAGUGCCAAGCCCUCUCGGCCCGUGGUCUCAGGCCCUGCGGCGAGGGCCACACCUGAGCAGACAGUGCGCUUCACCUGCAAAUCCCACGGCUUCUCCCCCAGAAACAUCUCCCUGAAAUGGUUCAAAAAUGGCAAUGAGCUCCCAGCCUCCCAGACCAGCGUGGAGCCCGAGGGAAACGUUUCCUACAGCAUCUCCAGCACCACCGAGGUGCUGCUGGCCCCGGGGGAUGUGCACUCCCAGGUCAUCUGCGAGGUGGCCCACGUCACCCUGCAAGGGGGCCCUCCUCUCCGUGGAACUGCCAACUUGUCUGAGACCAUCCGAGUUCCACCCACCCUGGAGUUUACCCACCAGCCCCCGACGGGGAGCCAGGUGAAUGUCACCUGCCUGGUGAAGAAGUUCUACCCCCAGCGCCUACAGCUGACCUGGCUGGAGAACGGAACCGUGUCCCGGACAGAAACGGCCUCGACCCUCAUGGAGAACAAGGAUGGGACCUUCACCCGGACCAGCUGGCUCCUGGUGAACUCAUCUGCCCACAGGGAGGCCCUGCUGCUCACCUGCCAGGUGGAGCAUGAUGGGCAGCCGGCGGUCACCAGAAACUAUGCCCUGGAGGCUUAUGUCCACCAGAAGGAACAAGACACAGACGUCUGUACCUACUGCUCUGUGAUCUUCUGGAAGGGGCGCUCUGAAGACUGUGAAGUUGGAGUCUGGGCCAGGCACUGGGGUGACCGAGAGGGGUCCAUGUCCAGCCCUGCUUUGUCGCUGAUUUGUGACAGUGGAGCAGCAGGGAUCCCAGGCCAAAAUAUAUCUUCUCCUCUCCUGGUAGUUCUCUUCCUAGUCCCCAAGUUCCUGCUGGUGGGUGGUGUCUCUGCCAUCCUUGUCUACAUGAAGUUUUGGACCUGAUGCUCCUUCCUCACGCCCUUGCUGGUGUCUCCUUCUCCCACCGAGGGGCCCAGCCUAGGAGAAAGACCCAGCUAGGAAACCUGCCUGCCCACAUGCUCCUGAGACCUCUGGAGCUGGGUCAUCUUACAUGGUCCUGAGCAGGGAUCAUGGGAGGUAGCUCUGGGAACUGACUCACUACAUCUCUCUGGAAUGUGAGGAAUAAGUCAGAUCGACAGAGAUCAAUAUCUCUCCUCCAUGACCUUGACAUGGCCAUGAACUACACACUCAUGCCCCUGCUCAGAGGGGUUUUUCUGUCUUGUGUGUUCCUCCCUUCAUCCGACACCCCACCCUUUGAGGUUCUCUUUUAAUUGAGUACACAUGAUUCUCCUUCCUAGUUUUGAGGAAAAAAAUGUAUUCUCCUUCUUUUUUGCCCAAAUGUCCUACCCCUCAAACCCAGAAACUGUUGUUCCAUCUUCUCUUUGCUGUGGAAACACCAGUUCUUCUAUCAUCUUGCAUCUGUCCCAACCCUGUUGCUCAUGGUAAAUAUACUGUGUUCAGAAGCCUUGGAA